CGGAGCGUUGAGUUGAGUUUUGCUGCUGAAUGAGAGCAGAGACAAACAAGACAGAUGAAUGCAUGAGCGUUGUUGCCCACGAACCGACGUGCUGCUCACAUGUGAGGGCAUCGCGGGCCGGUUGUGUGAGGCUGCAGAGGAAGAUGAAGGCUGACCUCUCUUUGGACUUUCGGGCCAGAGGUUGAGACUUGUACACAAUCUGAGUUGAGGCAUCGCAGCAGACCUGGUUACCGCCCUGAUUAAAACCCUGACUGAGCACGUGCCUCUGGCAGUCUGACAAGAACCAUGACGGCCAUCAACGCACCUCGGGACAAAUACAAUGCAGUAUGGAUCAUUUUCUUCAUCCUGGGCCUGGGAACCCUCUUACCGUGGAAUUUCUUCAUGACGGCAACGAUGUAUUUCACAAGCAGGCUGAAGGACCCACCCACUGACCUCUCCUUCAAUCGGACGACAAAUGAGACGUCCAGUGCGGGCGGGGACACUCGCACUGUGCUGGAGUCGAAGUUUAACAACGUGAUGACGCUCUGCGCCAUGGUACCUCUGCUCAUUUUCACCUGCCUCAACUCCUUCAUACACCAGAGGAUCCCUCAGAAGCUGCGGAUCUCUGGCAGCCUGGUGGUCAUCCUUGUGGUUUUCCUGUUGACAGCCGUGUUGGUGAAGGUUGACGUGGCCCCACUGCCCUUCUUCACCCUCACUAUGAUCAAAAUUAUCUGCAUUAACUCGUUCGGGGCAAUUCUUCAGGGCAGUCUGUUUGGGCUUGCAGGGAUUCUGCCUGCCUCCUACACCACACCCAUCAUGAGUGGACAGGGGCUGGCUGGAACCUUCGCUGCUUUCUCCAUGAUCUGCGCACUGGCCAGUGGAUCAGCCCUGCAGGACAGCGCUUUUGGUUACUUCAUCACAGCCUGCGUUGUCAUUCUGUUGGCCAUAUUGUCCUACCUCACUCUGCCCAGGAUGGAGUUUUUCCAGUACUAUAUGGAGAGUAAUAAAUCCAGACCCUCUGCUGACGAGGAGAACAAGAUGGACUUGCUUAAAAAAGAGAGUCCAGCAGAGAAGCGGCCGGUGGUGAGUCUGGUGGAGGACGAGGCCAAACCCAGCGUGUCUGUGGUAAACAUCUUCAAACAGAUCUGGGUGAUGGCUUUGUCAGUGUGCUUCAUCUUCACCGUCACCAUCGGAACAUUCCCAGCCGUAACAGUUGACGUCAGAUCCACUGUAGCGCAAGAAGGAGACGCCUGGGGAACAUACUUCAUCCCUGUGUCAUGUUUCCUCCUCUUCAACUUAAUGGACUGGGCUGGCAGGAGUCUGACAGCUGUCUGUAUGUGGCCGGGUAAAGACAGUAUCUGGCUUCCUGUCCUGGUGGGUCUGCGGGUCGUCUUCAUCCCUCUCUUCAUGCUGUGUAACGUCCAGCCCCGCAACUAUCUCCCUGUCCUGUUUUCCCACGAUGCCUGGUACAUCAUCUUCAUGAUCUUCUUCUCCUUCUCCAACGGAUACCUGGCCAGUCUCUGCAUGUGCUUUGGACCUAAGAAGGUGCCACAGCAUGAGUCGGAGACCGCGGGGGCCAUCAUGGCCUUCUUCUUGUCCCUUGGCCUGGCGCUGGGGGCCGCAGUCUCAUUUGCUUUCCGGGCCAUGGUCUAAAAUCUCCAGUAGACCUUUCAGUAGAUGUAGAUUAGACCACUUCCAACAUUCUCCCUGUCUUUACCCGUUAAUGGGAGAACCUUUCAAUAACUGGACUAGUCACACUCCUCGACGACUGUCUCCGGCUGAGUGGAGAUAGAAGACUAGAGAACCUCGGUCUUCUGAAGUAUACAGUAGAGACUUGUCUCAUACAGCCAUUUUGGCAAAAAAUGUAAGCUGAAACAUGUUACUGAAUUUUUCUUUUCCUGUUUCUUGGUGAUAUUUUCCAACCGAUGCCAUUGAUCAAACAUGUUGUAGAGUAAAACAAGCAAAUUUAAACCAAAAGUGUUAAAAAAAAAAAACAAUAAGUCGUAGUGGACUUAACAGGAAUUCUUCAAGGUGUGUUUUAAAUUUCCCUAAAUCUUGAGCCCAGGCAGUGAUAAUGACGACCUCUGUCACACAGAGUAUCCCAGAGCCUCAUUCACAAAAUGUUCUUUUGCACACAAAAAAAAAAAGACAAUGAUAAAAUGUUGGAUCACGAUAAUGUUUUGAUCGUAUGUAAAAUGACAAAUUUCUUUCACGUUCUUUAAACAUUCACAUUCUUUAGAAAUCAUAUAAAGUUUUAAGGGUGUGUAAAUAAAGUCUGAACACAUUUUCUUUUUAUAAACGAGGCUCUUGGAUUCUGGCGUUUGGCUCGUCUACAUUCAACCCAUCAGUUUAUAAACUGUGAUCCUCAACGUGACUGUUAAAAAAAAAAAAAGUUUGCACAUCAAACAUGAACGUUACAUCACUCCGGACUGUUGCAGCUUUUAACUCUGAUCAAGCCAAAAACAUAAAGACAACAUGGGAAAAUGAUGAACUUUGAAGGGAGGUCAUGACCCAUCAAACGUGUGUGUGUAUGUGCGUGCGUGCAUGUGUGUGUGCAUGUGUGCGUGCGUGUGUGUAAACUUCUGCAUAACAAGUUGUUAAAUUCUCAAAGAAUGUAAGGACGGUCUAAAUCCUAAAGACGAGGUUUUAAUCAAAUUUUGGGCGACUUACCGCUGAGUGUUCAUUGUCUUAGAGAGCCGUGUUUUGUGUUUGUCUCUUGUGUAGUUUUUAGACGAAGUCGUACCGGAGUGGGUCUGUUUGGUUGUCUGAAAAACAUCCGGAUACUUCAAAUUGUCUCGAGUUCACUGAAUAGAAACAGAGGUCGCAUUUUCUGUCUCGAUUUUUCAGUUUUUACUGUUACUGUGUCUUCCUGAUUAACACACACACACACAGAUUUUGCCACGAUUGAACGCAGCAAAGAGAAGAAGAGAUGUGGCAGACAUGAAACGUGCCAUUGUGAGUGAGAUUAGGAGACUUUCUUGAGCCUGUGACAAAUUUCUCAUAAAACGUGUUCUCCUGGAGGUUUUAUAUCACAAGUAGUUUUUAGUAUAUUUUUCAAACUUUACCACUUGGCUCUCGCCGGGUUAGCUAUGUUAUUAAGACGGGGGGGGGCUGUCAUUGUUAUCAUUUUGUUUCUUUGCAUUGUUGUCCUUUUUUGAUGCCCUUUUUUUUGUUUUUUAAGUCUGCUCUAGUUGUACACAAUAUUAACAGCCUGUUUGUUUGAAAGCACAACGUUGGUCUGUUCUUCCCUGUUUUGUUGCUAUGGGAGUCUGGACCAUUAAAAUGUUGCUUAUACUGCAGCUUAAAACCGUUCUGUGAUAAAUAAAACCGUGUAUUUUUAAGAA